AUGUUCACAUUUCACCCCAAGGAAUUUUUCCUCAUGAAGAAGCAACAGUCCAGCAGCAGGACUGGUCCAGAAGAGUUCGGCUCUCCAUCAGAAGCGAGCCAGUCAAGAGAGGUGAUUCUGUCCCUCUACUCUGCUCUGACCUGGGCUGCAGCUUUGGCAAGGACUGCAAGGGCAUGGGCAAAUAAAUGCAUUUUUGAACAUAACGUAUACUUAAGUAAGAAACAUCAGUGCCAUCCUAACUUCACAUCUAUUGGAGAGAAUAUUUGGAUUGGAAGCUGUCAAGCGUUCUAUGUUGCUGAUGCCAUUAAGUCGUGGUAUGAUGAGGUCAGAUUCUAUACUUUUGCAGUGCAUACUAACGUUUGUGGUCGUUACAUUCAGGUUGUUUGGGACUAUUCAUAUAAAAUUGGCUGUGCUGUUACUCUUUGUAAGGAAGCUGCAGGAAUACAAAAUGCAGCAAAUUUUGUUUGCAACUAUUCACCAUGGUAAGUUGCUGGUUUAAAUGUUAAAAAAAAAGAAAGCAAUUGUAAUGACAUUUAGCUGAAAGUAAAUUGGG